CCAAAUGGGGCACGUGCGGUCUUUGUUCCUUACCCCCAUCGUCUUCAUCCUCCUGCAGAGAACAGAAACCAAUUUGGUACGGAAGCGCGUCUCUGGAUGAGGGUUUCUUUCUCCUUUCGCGAUUCCAUCCGAGGAACUGCCCGUCGUAACUUCUCCAGGUAGCAUCUUUCCGUUAAUUAUGAAGCAUCGAGGAAUUUAUCUCAUUGUGGGUCGGUUCCGUAGAUGAUGAGCGUUUGAUUGGAGACAAUUGUGAAGUUUACAGUUGCAAUUGCUUGGAGGAAUGAGGAGUAAAGUCUGGAAAUGGGUUGUUGGUUUGAUAUACAUAGUUGCAGUCGCUUCAAUAUGGAUUGCAGCUAGCUUUGUGGUCCAAUCCGUAGUCGAUGCCGGGGUUUCGCCCUUUCUGAUCACGUACAUAUGCAACUCGUUGUUUAUCGUGUACAUUCCUGUGGUUGAAAUCGGGCGUUUUAUAGAGGAUAGGUAUGGGAGUCUGUUGUUUUGGAGAACCAGCAAGACUUUUGCUUUACAGGAAGUUAGGGAGUCGGAGCAGACUGUUUUGCUCAAGGAGAGUGACCCGAGAUUGAAAGGCGGUGAUCCGAGUCCGUCUUCGGGUUUGGAGGAAGGGGAGAUCAGUCACCAUGUGAAAGCCUCUGGUUCGGGUUCUGAGUUUGGAGAGGCUUUAUCUGAUCCGGUAAUGGUGAGUGAGCUUGUUGAUAAUCAGGUCGAUGAAAAAGGGCGGUGGACACGCACUAGAGUGAUGAGAGUCAGCCUACUGAUAUGCCCGUUUUGGUUCUUAGCUCAGCUCACUUUUAAUCUCUCUCUCAAGUACACUACAGUCACGUCGAAUACCAUACUAAGCAGCGCAUCAAGCCUCUUCACCUUCCUCGUCUCUCUAGCAGUCUUGGGGGAGAAGUUCACGUGGGUGAAGCUAAUCAGCGUCCUCCUCUGCAUGGGAGGCACAAUAAUUGUCAGCUUGGGUGACUCGAGCUCGGCAUCUAGUGACACGAGUUUGGGAGCUGUUGCCUCCAAUCCUCUUCUUGGGGAUGCCUUGGCACUUGUCUCAGCUGCGUUGUAUGCUGUUUACAUCACGCUAAUCCGCAAGAAGUUGCCUGAUGAUGACGAAAAAAGCGGGCAAGCUAGUAUGGCGCAGUUCCUUGGAUUCCUUGGGCUUUUUAAUCUAUUGAUCUUCCUUCCCGUGGCCCUUGUGCUCAACUUUUCCAAACUGGAGCCCUUUACUAACCUGACAUGGAAGCAACUCGGUCUAAUUGUCGGGAAAGGUUUAUUGGAUAAUGUGUUGAGCGAUUACUUGUGGGCUAAGGCUGUCCUGCUUACAACCACGACCGUAGCAACUGCAGGUCUCACAAUUCAGGUCCCUCUGGCUGCUCUUGUAGAUACACUGAUAGGCAAUGCCCCCCACCUAUUGGAUUAUCUCGGCGCUGUUGCUGUGAUGAUUGGCUUUGCUGGCAUCAACAUACCUUCCGAUGCAUUUAGCAGAACAAAAGAGCUCAGCAUUGAAUUAGAAGACGAGAACCUGGCCUCAACAGAGGACCAUGCUGCUCCGGAUGGGCACAGCAGAGGUGCAAUUUCCUAGCAUCACUUAAUUGUCUGGAGCUAUUUAGGAAGUGCAUCAAAACCCAAGUUUCGACUCGGGCUUUUGAUGAAGAGCUGAGCUUCCCUUUCCCAUCUGAAGAUGGUUCUCUUAUCCUUGAUUCUUUAAGUUGAAGCCUCUUUGGGCUCACCCGAUGAAAUUCGUCGAAGUAAAUGAUGUAUUACGAUAAAUUAGAAAAAUGAAAUAUAACUGGAAAUGUUGCUGCAGCUUUGCUGGGCGAGGUGGUGCAAUUUGUUGUAAAGUAAUUGAAAAAUUGCUCCGUUCAAAUAUUGAGUUUUUUCC